UCUGCUGCUGCUGCGUCUUGGUCAGCGCAGCGCGCACUGCUCCAUAUUCCAACUCAUCACCUGAGUGAGACUGACUGCUGUGUGCACGAGGACUGUCUGCGGUGUUUGCGGUGUUUGCGGUGUUUUUGGAGGACGAGCAUCAUGGGGAGGUUAGACGAGCUGCGGCAGUUUAACUUGCUGAAAUGGCUCAGGGAGGAGAGACAGUCGAGGAAACUGAUUCUUUUCAUUGUUUUCGUGGCGCUGCUCCUGGACAACAUGCUGCUCACUGUGGUCGUUCCCAUCAUUCCCAGUUACCUGUACACUCUGGAUGAGACAGCAGAGGUGAACGUCACAGUGACCCAGCAGCAGCAGCAGCAGACUCCUGGUGGAUCCUUCCACAGCAUUGUGUCUUUAUAUGACAACUCUGUGAGACUUCCUGUUUCCAACAGCACAGACAGACCCACCAUGGUGGUCCCCACACACCAGGACCUGCCACACAACUCGUCUGACUGUCCCCAGUCUAACAAACGGCUGCUCAAUGAGAACGUCAAAGUGGGAUUGUUGUUUGCAUCCAAGGCCACAGUCCAGCUCAUCACCAACCCCUUUAUAGGACCACUGACCAACAGAAUAGGAUACCAAAUUCCAAUAUUUGCUGGUUUCUGUAUCAUGUUCCUCUCCACCAUCAUGUUUGCCUUCUCAUCGAGCUACGCUCUGCUGUUUCUGGCCAGAUCGCUUCAAGGCGUGGGCUCAUCCUGCUCCUCUGUGGCUGGAAUGGGAAUGCUUGCUAGUGUGUACACAAACGAUGAGGAGCGAGGUCACGCCAUUGGGAUCGCUCUGGGAGGCCUGGCACUGGGAGUGUUGGUUGGGCCUCCGUUCGGCAGCGUGAUGUACGAUUUUGUUGGGAAGACGGCUCCUUUCCUUAUUCUGGCGUUCCUGGCUGUGUUUGAUGGAGCUCUGCAGCUCUUUGUUCUUCAGCCCACCAAGGUUGAACCAGAGAGUCAGAAGGGGACUCCACUGUUGACACUGAUGAAGGAUCCAUACAUUAUAAUCGCCGCUGGUGCCAUAUGUUUUGGAAACAUGGCCAUAGCCAUGAUGGAGCCAACACUGCCACUCUGGAUGAUGGAGACCAUGUGUGCCAGGAAAUGGCAGCUAGGCAUCGCUUUCUUACCUGCGUCCAUCUCCUAUCUUAUUGGAACCUACAUCUUCGGCACAUUGGCGCACAAGAUGGGAAGGUGGCUUUGUGCUCUGAUCGGAAUGAUGAUGGUUGGAAUCAGUGUUAUAUGUGUUCCAUUAGCUCGUGACAUCUACGGUCUGAUUCUUCCAAACUUUGGUGUUGGCUUUGCUAUUGGAAUGGUGGACUCCUCCAUGAUGCCUAUUAUGGGUUACCUGGUGGACCUGCGGCACGUGUCUGUUUAUGGAAGUGUAUACGCCAUCGCUGAUGUGGCUUUCUGCAUGGGAUUUGCUUUGGGUCCAUCUAUUGGAGGAUCCAUAGCUGAGAACAUCGGCUUCCCCUGGCUGAUGACCAUUAUUGGAGUUGUGGAUAUUUUCUUUGCUCCACUUUGCUUCUUUCUCAGGAGUCCACCAGGACAAGAAGAAAAGAUCGCCAUUCUGUCAGACAGCAACUGCUCACUGAAGACGAUGUCCUACUCCACACAAGGAACGCACGUUCAGGGUGAAACCAUGGAGCCAGAGUAUGACGAUUAAGAGCUUCAUCCUUCAGAGGAUCUAUUUUGUUGUACAAAAAAGGAACAGAAAAAAAUCAACAGCCAAGAUAUUUCCAUGUGAAUGUCCUGCAGUCAGUCUUUACUGUUCGGUGUCUUCUUAGCAGUCGUACUGGAGCAAACCAAAGUUGUUCUUCAUCUGUGUUUGCAAGCGCAUCGUGUGAGAGAUAUUUUUUAGCCAACAGCCUUAUUCAAUAGAGACAUGUGUCAUGAAGCACUUUUAGACAGUAGGCGGGUGCUGAGCGACAGAGUUUGGUGUGCAGUGUGCUGGUAUGUGGGGUUAUUUAUUGUGUACUAUGUCAGCAAAACUGUUGUUUGUGUAAAACUUGAUGGACAUUUGUUUGUCAGCCUGGUCCAUAGUCAUUAUUUCAUUGUGUCACAGUGAUUUACUGACGACUCCUUAGACUGUGAUGCUUUCUCUGUCCUAGAAAGAUUAUACAGCGACCGACAUGAAGCUCCAUGAUUCACUGACAUCUGUGUGUGUGUGUGUAUACUUUAAUCCACAAUCUCUGCCCCCCUGAGAGGCUCCGUCCAUAUUGACACAAGUUUUAUUGCUUUUAAUGACUUAAUUAACUUCAGUUAAAAUAUAAGCCAGCCAGUUUACUUGUGAUCAGUUGUUACUAAGGGGUCAUUUGGAAGUCAGAACUAGAAGUGACAACAACCCCAAGUUUGCCCUGUUCCAGUGAGACAUGUUUACUAACAGCAGUCAGACGCUGCGAGUACGACUGAUUUACUGUGAAACAAAUACAACAGAAGUGAUAUUACUGUUUGUACAGAGGCAGCUAUCUCAAGUCGUGGGUUGGUGAGGUUGCUCCACAAAUGGAGUGUACCAUUCCUUCGUUCCUCAGAGUAUUAAGCGAGGUUGUGCGCAGUGCACUGCUGUUGUCCCCUCACCAUACUUAAAUAAAGACAGAAAUUCAAAAGCCUUUUUCCUUUUAGGCCAUGUACAAUCCCACAGGACAAUCUACUUCAACAACAACACAAACUUUUUCAACCAAUGGCAACGUGUCAUCGAUUCCACCGCCUGUCCUCUGCUGUGGACUCAGCCACACCCAGUGUAUUUCUACUGCUUGUCCUGAGGGUUGCCCAGUCAAGCAGUGUUGUAGUCAAGACCACCUAAACAGAGACCAAGUCGAGACCAAGACCACAGUGUAUCGAGACCAAGACAAGACCAAGACUUUGAGGGCUCGAGACUGAGACCAAGACCGAGGCAGUAAAAGUUGGAACGUGGUCCCAGCCGUCUCCGUUAGCGUCGCUUUGCAGAAUUUACACGUUGCGCUGUGUUUUCUUUUGGAGGUAUUU